GAUCAAUAUCCAUGGAAGACAUUUUGGAUUUAAAAUGAGCUCGGUCAGUGAUUGAAGAAAAUAAGCUCAGUUGGAAACACCAUUUAUCAUUGCGGUCGCCCUGAUAUUUACUUAGAAUGUACCGUCAAAGGGUUUGUUUGUCAGUCGUGCGCGAUGAAAUGGCGUCGUUCUAGUGAAAAUUUCCACGCAUUUAUCCCAAACCAUAUUGUCGCGCUCAUCUGGGAAUUCUGUUGGGAUAGGUUUGCUGCUGUUGCUGUCUCAGCUGUCCAGCUGUGUGUGUGUACAUCGAGAAGGCUCCUAUAGUUCCUGGCUGUCCUACGAGGAAUUAACCAAUUUAGCCUCUAAGUGUAUUAGGUCCACCAGGCAAUGUCAAUCAUGGUGUGCCCCAGGGAGGACCGACUGGAGAAGCUGUCCCAGGAGGAGAUCAUCUCCAACACCAAGCUGGUGAUCCAGGGCCUGGAGGCGCUGAAGAGCGAGCACAACUCAAUCUUGCACAGCCUGCUGGAGACCAUCCGCUGCCUGAAGAAGGACGAGGAGGCCAACCUGGUGCACGAGAAGUCCAGCCUGCUGCGCAAGUCUGUAGAGAUGAUCGAGCUGGGGCUGGGCGAGGCGCAGGUGAUGAUGGCCCUGUCUGCCCACCUGAACGCUGUGGAGUCGGAGAAGCAGAAGCUGCGUGCCCAGGUACGUCGGCUGUGCCAGGAGAACCAGUGGCUGCGGGACGAGCUGGCCAACACCCAGCAGAAGCUGCAGAAGAGCGAGCAGAACGUGGCCCAGCUGGAGGAGGAGAAGAAGCACCUGGAGUUCAUGAACCAGCUCAAGAAGUACGACGAGGAUGUGUCCCCUAUUGAGGAGAAAGAUGGAGAGCCUCCUAAAGAUACACUGGAUGACCUCUUCCCCAAUGAUGAGGAGGAAAACAGUCAAGGAAUGCCGCACCAGCAUAACAGCGCAGCAGUGGCCGCAGCCCAGCAGGGUGGCUAUGAGAUCCCGGCCCGCCUGAGGACCCUCCACAACCUGGUGAUCCAGUAUGCCUCCCAGGGCCGCUACGAGGUGGCCGUGCCCCUCUGCAAACAGGCCCUGGAGGACCUGGAGAAGACAUCCGGACACGACCACCCUGACGUGGCCACCAUGCUCAACAUCCUGGCCCUGGUCUACAGGGACCAGAACAAAUACAAGGAGGCGGCUCACCUGCUCAACGAUGCACUGUCUAUCCGGGAGAAAACCCUUGGGAAAGACCACCCUGCGGUGGCUGCGACGCUGAACAAUCUGGCAGUGUUGUAUGGCAAGAGGGGGAAGUACAAGGAAGCUGAGCCCCUUUGCAAGAGGGCUCUGGAGAUCAGGGAGAAGGUGCUGGGCAAGGACCAUCCUGAUGUGGCCAAGCAGCUGAACAAUCUGGCCCUGCUGUGCCAGAAUCAGGGCAAGUACGAGGAGGUGGAGUACUACUACUGCCGGGCCCUGGAGAUCUACGAGCGCAGGCUGGGCCCUGACGACCCCAACGUGGCCAAGACCAAGAACAACCUGGCUUCGUGUUACUUGAAGCAGGGGAAAUACAAGGAGGCGGAAAUCCUUUACAAAGAGAUCCUCACCCAAGCUCACGAGAAGGAAUUUGGAUCUGUGGAUGCUGAGAACAAGCCCAUCUGGAUGCAUGCCGAGGAGCGGGAGGAGUGCAAGAGCAAAGAUGACUAUGGAGAUUAUGGCGGCUGGUAUAAAAACUGCAAGGUGAACAGCCCCACUGUCAACACCACGCUGCGUAAUCUGGGAGCUCUGUACCGCCGGCAAGGCAAGAUGGAGGCCGCUGAGACCCUGGAGGAGUGUGCCUUGAGGUCCCGAAAACAGGGUGUGGUGGAGCUGCAGAGAGACGGAGACAGGAGGAGGAGCAGGGAGAGUCUGAGCAGCGUCAAAUAUGAGAGCGCCUCCGAAGCAGGGGAGGACGGCAGCGUGGACUGGAAUGGGGCCUAAAUCAGCGGGAUGACCUUCCUCCGCCACUCUCCUCAACCAAUCAAAUCAAGCCAACCAAUCAAAUCACGCCAAUCGAAUCAAAAUGGAUGCUGCUUGUCAUUUCCUCUGUGUGAAGCCUCUUCUAAUCUCUCAUGGAGGACACCUCCUUCAUCCCCACUCCAAAUUCUGGGCCAAAACGGAUUAUCCCUUUCACCUUUCUCUCUCUCUCUCUCUCUCUCUCUCUCUCUCUCUCUCUCUCUCUCUCUCUCUCUCUCUCUCUCUCUCUCUCUCUCUCUCUCUCUCUCUCUCUCUCUCUCUCUCUCCGUUCUCUAUCUUCCUGCAUUUUCCACACUCUGCCCUGCUUCUCCUCAUCUCUUACCCUCUUCCUCUUGCAUUUUCUCUCUCUCUCGCGCUAUAUUGCUAUUUCGUUCAUGCCCUCUCAUUUCUCUCAUCAUGCUGCAUCACAUCAUCUUUCUCUUCCUCUAUCCAUCUCUCCCCCUCUUUGUCUCUCCCUUUUCCAUUGCUGUGUCAUCACUUGUACUAUGUAUGAUAUUCUAACCAAUAAGAGAUGGUGGACAGUGGCACCAGAGGCCAAUUGAACACUGGAAACUUAACUAUCAAAGCUUUUGGAUUGGUUGUUUGAUUUUCCCUCUCUUCUGUUCUCCUUGUAUGCAAAUAUGAUUGCUUUUCAAUUGAUCUUCAUAUUUCCACCAAGCACAGUCACACAGUUGUAAUGGCAUCAAUUAUUAGUCCACUACCAAAUGAGACCAGUCAGAAUUUUUAUCCUGUUUUGUUACAGCUAUAACAGUAUUGGCCACUGCAGAGCAGCUAGCUACAGUACUGUUGUUUUAUUUUGCUGCAGCCAGCUUUUUGUCCUGACAUUUGACCAGGAUUGAACUACCUAGGUGCCUUUUAUUUUCAUUUAUUUUGUUAACUUGCAACUUGUUUUAAGUGUGACCAUGACCCUUGUAAAAUAUUUAUGCGUACUAUUAUGUUAUAUGGGAGCAGAUGUAAGAAAAUAAAAAAUAUUGUCACGUCCAAGUCACGUCGCCACUUACAAGCACCUUUUGAGUUUACACAUUGAUUACUUAUGUGUUUUAUUGAGAUUAGUGUAUCUGUCUCCUGUUUUAUUGUUUUUAUUUUGUUUACUUUUUUGUUUUAAUAUUUUCUUAAAUAGCAUAGUGUUAACAUAAUGCUUAUUUAUCUUUGCAUUGACCCUCUAAGCAAUUGCUUAAUAUUUUAAGCCAUUAUUAUUAUUAUUAUUAUUAUUAUUAUUAUUAUUAUUAUAUAGCCAUAGGAUCAGGAAUGAUGGUGGUGUCAGUGCCUGAUUAUGGUAUUGACUUUUAAAGAGGAACAGCUUGCUAAAUGUAGGUUCAAACAAAGUAUUUGAAUUGAAUGGCAUUGUGCAAAUUGCUUUUCCAAAGCCAUGGCUUGAAAAAUGUGAUUUUCUCUGUAAUUAUGCUCCAAGCAAGAGAUAAUCUUGUUUCAUAUAUUGAAGUAGCCAUUGAAAAGGGACACAAACACCAGAGACACAGAAACACACAAAUUAAUGUACACAGCCGCACAGUCGUUGUAUUUGACUUUGUAUUUUGAGUGAAAUUUCGUGAGGUCCAUUAUUUGGUUUUAGCUUGAUGGUCCUCUUGUUGUUCCUCACACAGCUCUCUCUCUUUUGUUAUCCUCAUCUUAAAAGCCUACUUUACCCUGUCAUGACGUAAGGCAGUCAUAACAGCUUAUGUUAGUUUAUGACACCUCUAUGAAUAGCCAUGGCACACAUGGAACGACAAAUGUUAGCUACCUUGUCAGCCAACAACUUAGUUACCUUGAACACAGUGACAUGUGACCUGGCUGGCUGCUCAUAAGCUAUACGUUAUAAAUUGACAUCAGAUUUUAGGAUUGCUCCUGAUGACAUUGUCAUGCUUAUAGCAGCUUAAAGAUCUGCUUUAGAUUGGGUAUUUUAAGUUAGUUGUAAGAUUUUUCAAACAACACUGUAGCUUGAAAUGUACUCACGGAUGUCCACUACUUAAUAACUGCUCCAGUUUCUUUUCUAUUUCCCAUGUUUCAGUCUCUUUAGUUUAGUUAGUAUAAAGAGAGAACGAGGGGAACGAUGUAUUUUAGUCUGAAUACGUGUAGUACUAGUAACUAACCUUCUAGCUAGCCAGUCGUUUCAGCAUUAGCCAACACCACCAAAUUGAAGUUGCCUGUAUGCCGUGUAGUUAUUACUCUAUAAGCACUUUAACUAUUAUAUAAGAACUGUUUCACAAUCAGUGCAGGUAUAUACUCAAUUAUAGUACAUUUACAGAUAAUUGUUUAAAAGAAAGUGCAUGUGCUUUACCAAAACUGAUGCGGUACUAUGAGCCUAUUAGUUAAAAUAGUUAAUGUGUAGUUAAAAGUAAUUACACUAUUGUUACCAUAUGAAAAUGCAAUUCCAUGUAACUGUGGCAUUUUGGUAUCUCAGUGUAAAGAGACGGCUCUAAUGUCGCUAACCGAUUCUGAAAAGCAGUAAUAGUAGAGCCAAAGCAGUAAUAGUGGAGCUAGCCAAUUCUGAAACACACUGGCUGUCGGGCUGGUAGGCCUAUGUAGUGGAGCAAUCUAGCUAUGUCACACUUUUUUUUUAAUCGGUCUGUCUGUAGAACGUUGUGCUCUCCAUUACUGAUACUCCUGUCUUGGCAUUAUGUAGGCCUACGUACACCCUUGCUUUGUUGCAUUGUGAUGAAUGUGUCAAUUAACUUUGUUUGACAUCGACUGAAAAUAAAGACUUUCAUUUUGG